GUUAGUGAAUUCGUAGACCUAAAUACUUGUCUUUUAAGUUUACAUCAGAAGGAAUAGUAAUUUCUUUUAAACCUAAGUAAGGUUUCAUCUCUCUGACUUCUAGGCAAAUGGAACUUCUUUUGUGAUGUUUUCCAACAUAAAGCCAAAUGCAGGAAGCAUCAUCUUUCCAACGUGCGGUACUCUAUUGAUAUAUAAAUGUGUGUAACAAAACUGUGAAGCUUUUCACAAAGGAUUUACAACCAAGAUUGUGUCAUCCAACAAUGUGCAUAUGCUCUAGCUCCUGUAACCUGGCUGCCUCAUUUCAUUGAAGUAAUAAAGUGCUUCACCUUAAAUCCUUUAAUGUCAAUGAAAUUGCAUCUAUCCAUUCAUCUUCCUAUGUUAAAGCUGCUAAAAAAAUAAAAUAAAAAAAUCAAUCAAUGGUGGUAGUUGGUUACUCAUUUUAAAACAGCAUAAAAUUGCUUGUCUUUCUAGUAACAUAGUAUUUAUAGUGGCUUCUUCUUUGUACUGCUAUUUGACAUUGCUCUUAUCGUUAAGCAUGGACAUGUUACAUGAAGUAAUUGAUAUUUGACACUGCUCUUGCAUAAACUUCUGUGCAGGCUAUUUUCCAUGAAGUAAUUGAUAUUGACAACGAUGAUGAUUGUGCUGAUCUUGUGGUCAUUGAUAAAAAUGUUGAUGCCAUGAGGAAAGGCAAAGCAGUGAUCGAUGUUGAUGAUUACUGCAAUGGUCAAGCAGUGGAUGCUGGUACGCCUCUUGUUCUCGGUGUCAAUGGUAGUGCUGAUGGAUCAAUCAAUGGGGGCAUUUCGCUUGACGCUUUAGUGCAGGAUUCACAUUCCUUUGUAAAUCUGGACGGCCAAAUUUAUGAUCCUACUUCUUAUGAGGAUGAUUACAUGGACCUUUUUGAAGAUGUACUGGAUGUUGAUGAAUACGAUACACUUCAAGCUCAUUUUGAUAAUAUGGAUAUACCUCCAGGCGUGGAAGCACCUAUACCUUGGUUGUCGGAUCUCCCCAAGUAUGAAGACAAGUCCAGUGGUGGCAGUAGUUUGAAUGGUUCAAGCUCUCUGAUACAAACUGAUGCCUCAUUGAACCUCCAGGGGAUGGAACAUAUUGGCUUGACCGAGCCUGUGCAAACUCAGGUGAACCAUACUUCAGUUGUUCAUGGUCUGCCAGGCCAAGUCGACUCAGUGAGUCAAUCUACUUCAAUGGAUACAUCAGCACCCUACUUAGUCACACAGAAUGGCCAAAGUAAAAGAAUCGUGCUUCUUCACAACGUAGUGGCAAUUCCAAGGCCUUGCCAUUUGGAUUGGAAUCAUUUAAAGCUCGGCGCAUUUUUGAGCCUUUUCGAAAUAAGAAGACGCCAGAUGCAUCUGGUAGUUCUUCCAAAUCCAGUGCUGUAAAUAAAUUUGAUCUUAUAAAGCCUCCGUCUGGAGUUGAGCCUCCUUUAUGGGCGAAGUUAUCAACACCAGUGGAAGCAAUCCUAGCGGUUCAAGCUAUUCAUUUGUCCCUCCAUUCCUGCUCAAACAGGCACGCACAGCCCUUCUUCUGGAUCAGUACCAUUUGGUUCAUGGAUGAUGGGCCAUCCUAAGCAUCCCAAGGGUCAAUCAUAUAAACAUUCUGCUUAUACUAGUUAUGUGUCGCCUUUGCAAUCCUCUGUACAUAUCCUUCCCGUGGAAGAGGAAGACGGCAAGUUUCCUGAUGAUUUGACAGAAGAUCAGGGUGAUGGUUUUGAAGAGGAAGUUAUGAGAAAGCUGAAGCUUUUUAAACAAUUCGACACUGUUCAAGAUCAUUCUGAUCAUCAUUAUACAAGUGAUAGUUGUGGAGCGAAGCAACCUCCAAAAAACUGGGCGAAGAGAAUACAGGAGGAGUGGAAGAUUCUUGAGAAGGAUUUGCCAGAUACCAUUUUUGUAAGGGUUUAUGAAACACGAAUGGAUCUCUUGAGGGCUGUAAUGAUUGGAGCUGAAGGCACCCCUUACCACGACGGUCUUUUCUUCUUUGAUGUUUCCUUUCCUUCCGGUUAUCCUGGUGUACCUCCAAAAGUUUACUAUCAUUCUGGUGGGCUUCGCAUCAAUCCAAAUCUGUAUAACUGUGGGAAGGUAUGCCUCAGCCUCCUUGGCACUUGGUCUGGUCAACACAAGAAUGAGAAGUGGAUUCCUGGCGUUUCAACUGCACUGCAAGUUCUGGUAUCCAUACAGGGGCUUAUACUAAACUCAAAGCCCUAUUUUAAUGAGCCUGGAUAUGAGAGGUCAAUGAACACUGCAGGAGAAUCGACAGCGAUGACAUAUAAUGAAGAUACAUUCAUCCUUUCACUGAGAACAAUGAUAUAUAAUAUGAAGAAGCCUCCUAAGCAUUUCGAGGAUCUUGUUAAGGGUCAUUUCUUCAAGUGCGCUCCAGAUAUUCUGAUGGCUUGUAAAGCAUACGCAGAAGGGGCUCAGGUUGGAUGCCUUCUUAAAGGUGGUGUACAAGAUGUUGAUGCCGAUCAUAGGAGCAGCUCUCGCACCAGCUCCCCCCGCUUUAAGGAUACUGUAUCUAAGUAUAUUAGCCUUCUGGUGAAAGAAUUUAGGAGACUUGGGAUCAAGGACUUGGAGAAAUUUGUGCCUCCAGCUCCGGUUCCACCUCCGGCUCCAGCGACGACAGCGGAGUGAAUAUCCAAAUAACUUCUUGAUUGAGACCAUCUUUUUUCGGUGGCAACACAGAUUAAGGUUCUUGCUGACUAGGGAUCAGUGAACGUGCUGGAUGUUUUUGCGGAUGAUUUUGGAUAAUGUACAGAGGUGUAGAUAUGGAUGAGUUAUAGAAUUCACCUUUGAUGAUAACAUAUAUAUAUAUAGAAGGUGCUCUGUUCCGCCAAUUGCUGAUAUGCUAUGUUAGUCUUUCAUAUCGUGCUUCUAAAUUAUUCUGCUGUUUGCUGGAUUUCUCCAGCCUUUGUUAUCUGUUUCACUGGACGGAGGUUGCAGAGCAUUCUUCCAGCAUGUUUCCUAUGUUAUUGUGUGGUAUCAGUGGUAAACGAGUUUUGGACAGCAUGAUA